AUGACGCACCAGUCUGUGUCAAAGGAAUUAGCCGAUUUAUUUACUAAUUCAGUUACGAGCGGGAAUGAGAGAAUUAUACGCGUCUCCAUUAUUAAUGAGUCACUCGUUCCAAAUGGGACCCUAAACGUGAAGGGUUCAUGGGAAUCUGACUUCGAAGAAGUAAUUAAAUUUUUGGAUGAAAAAAUACCAUGUUACAUCCUCUAUCGACUUGAUACCAAGUCAUCAUCAUUAGGAGAUCAUGAAUGGGUGGACAAAAUGCUUUAUGCAUCAACGCGUGCUACACUGGUUAAAGAUCUUGGAGAUUAUCGGUUUGUGGACUCCAUGUAUGGUAAUAAAAUAGAAGACUUUACAUUAGAAGGCUAUCAGAAACACAAGCAGCAUCAACAGGCUGAAGCUCCACUUACUCAACGCGAAAAAGAAUUGGCCGAAGUCAGAACUGCUGAAGCAAACGCAAACUCGUAUAGUUCCUCUGCACGUAAAUCUCACGCUGCUGGCGUUUCUUUUCCUCUGUCUGAUGAAGCCAUUGACGCUAUAAAAUCGUUGGGGCAGUCUGAAAAAUCAAAUAAUAUUGUGCAACUGUCUUUAGACAUCGCUAAUGAAAGAAUUGAUCUGGAUUCAGCAAACAAAAUUGAGAUUGAUGAUCUUGCAAAUUCUUUACCUUCUGAUGCACCACGGUUUUCUUUCCUUGCAUAUGAUCACGAUUACAAAGGAAAAGAUUUCAAAUCUAUAAUUUUCAUAUAUACAUGUCCGUCGUCCUCUAAAAUUAAAGAACGUAUGCUGUAUUCAUCUUGUCGUGGGUCAGUAAUUUCAUUUUGCGAAAACGAAAUUGGACUUACAAUCACUAAGAAGAUGGAAACAAACGAUCCGAGUGAUCUUACCAAAUCAUAUAUUUUAGAAGAGUUGCACCCAGUAUCAGACGCGCCUGUGCAAGCUUUUUCACGACCAAAGCCGCCUGGAAGAAGCAGGGCAAGUGUAAAAAAUAACUAA